UCAAUAAUAAAUGAUAAUAACAAUGGUGAUUAUGAACAGAAUUUGAAAGAAAACAAGCAAAAAUCAUUAAAAAUACAACAAGAUGGUGAUAAUCCUGAUGUUGACCAAAUUGAAAAUCAAAUGAAAGUUGGAAUGGAAAAAAUUCGAUUAAAUUACAUUAUACCAAUAAAAGAUGGUGAACAUCGUCUACAUAAUAGUUGGACAUUUUGGUAUCUAAAAUUCGGUCCAAAUUUUGAUUGGGAACAUUCACAAAUAGAUGUGGCCACAUUUUCAACGGUGGAAAGUUUUUGGGGUGUUUUUGAUCGUGUCAUACCGCUCACUGAAACACAUCAUGGUUGUAAUUAUUCAUUAUUCAAAUAUGGUAUAAGACCAAUCUGGGAAGAUCCACUUAAUCGUAAUGGUGGCCGUUUUGUAUUCACUAUAAAUAAAGAUAUGUCCGGUGAAUAUAAAAAUCAUGCAAUGGAAUUGUGGACAGAAUUCUGUAUGCUAAUUGUUGGAUAUCAAAAUUCAAUGAUUUGUGAACGAAUUUGUGGUCUUGUUGGUGGUAAUCGUAAUAAUCAGAUAAAGAUUGCCAUUUGGAUUGAUCAUUAUCAACCACGACAAAAUGUUUAUGAUAUUGGACUUUUUCUUAAACAAUUAGUUGGCUAUGAGAAAUCUGUACAUUUCGAAAUGCAUAAUAUGGAAAUGGUCAAACAACAACAACAACAACAACAAUCGAAUGAACGUCAUUAUUCAUUCGAUAUAUAAAUAAGCGACAAAAAAAACGGAAAUGGUUUUGGAGACAGAAAAUUUUCGUCGUCGUCGUCGUCGCUACAACACACAUACACACACACACACACUCCUAGUACCACUGAUGUUUGGUAAU